GAAGCAUGUCUCAGUGCCCCCGUCCCAGACCAGGAACUGACCGCUCUCACGUCGUGCGCCCCCCACCUCCCCGCUCUCCAGACAUUCUCACCGUGACGUCUCCGUUAUUUGUGUUAACAUUUUGACUAUUGGGAGGUACAGUCCAUGUGCCCUCCACGUUUUCCGGCUGUAGUUCACCCGGCUGCUCCAUCAGUCCCGUGCGUCCCGGCGGAGACAGCAGCACGUUUCUUUUUGUCUGCGCGCUCCGCAGGUUGCCGGCUGUGGGCUGUGGGCUGUUCUCCCCGCGCUGGAUCUACGUUGCAGGAAGGGCGGAUGAACAACAUAAAAAUGUCUGAGUUUUGAAAACGCUUCAACAAUCGGAUAUAUAAUCUGAUUUCGGUCUCUCUGCGAGCUGUUUUGCCCGGUUUUGACGCCAUGGAGUCGGUGGAGAAGGAGUGUGGAGCGCUGGGUGGAUUAUUCCAGGCCAUCAUAAACGACAUGAAGUGCUCUUACCCUGUGUGGGAAGACUUCACUGCCAAGGCAUCAAAACUGCACUCUCAACUCAGGACCACAAUUCUGGCAGCAGCAGCCUUUUUAGAUGCCUUUCAGAAGGUGGCAGACAUGGCUACCAACUCUAGAGGUGCCACCAGGGACGUCGGCUCAGCUUUGACAAGGAUGUGUAUGCGACACCGCAGCAUAGAGGCAAAAUUGUGCCACUUCACAAAUGCUCUUAUGGAAGGCCUGGUUGUGCCGCUUCAGGACAGGAUAGAGGAAUGGAAGAAAACAGCUAAUCAGCUGGACAAAGACCAUGCCAAAGAAUACAAGCGGUCUCGCCAGGAAAUCAAAAGGAAGUCGUUAGAUACCAUAAAACUGCAGAAGAAAGCAAGAAAAGAGCUUUUAGGCCGGGGUAACCUGCGUCCCCAGCUGGACAGCGCCAUGCAGGAUGUCAGUGACUUGUACCUGCUGAUGGAGGAGACGGAGAAGCAGGCAGUGCGCAGAGCCCUUCUGGAAGAGAGAGGGCGUUACUGUACAUUCAUUAACAUGCUGCAGCCUGUGUUGAAUGUAGAGAUUGCCAUGCUGGGAGAGAUAACUCAUUUGCAGGCCAUUGUUGAUGACCUCACUGUGCUGACUGAAGACCCACACAAGCUGCCACCAGCCAGUGAGCAGGUGAUCCAGGACCUGAAAGGCUCCGACUAUAUCUGGCCCUUCCAGACCCCUCCUUCCUCGCCCAUCAGCACUGGCUCCAGGAAGAGCAGCAUGUGCAGUCUCCUCCAGAUGCCCUUGGCAGGAGCCCAUCGGCUCAGCAGCGUCUCCUCCCAUGACUCAGGCUUCGUGUCCCAGGAUGCAAACACCCACUCUAAGCCUCCGUCACCCAUGCCCUCUGAUGUCACCAGCCAGAAAUCAACAAGCUCCUCAGCCUCUUCUGAGGCUUCAGAAACCUGCCAGUCUGUCAGCGAGUGCAACUCUCCUACAGCGUUUGGCUCAUGUUCAUCCUUCGGUACCUUUCGCCCUGCUUUCUCUCACACUGGCACCAUCAGGCCUCUCUCUGUCAUACUUCCUGCGUCCCCCACAUUUAACCACUCUCCUGUAUCCAACAACCCCUCACCCACAACAAAGGUUCCAAGCUGGAAGGACUGGGCCAAAUUGAGUUCCUGUGAGCCUUUGUUGGCCAGCACUCUGCAGCAUAGGAGGAAAUCUCUGGAUAAGACGAGAGAACUGGAAGCUUCACCCAGUAAACUGGGGUAUUCUGGGAUGCAACCAGAUGAUCUACACGGAGCGAGAAUAAGUCUAGGAAAAAUCACACGCAAGCAUGGCGAGCAGCUCUCUCCAGUAGCCAGUACUCUAGCUAUGGUUCUGAACAGAGGCUUAAGUAUGGAGCAGAAGAAUAGCAGCAGAGACUCGGUGCAGUACUCCAGCGGCUACAGCACCCAGACAAACACCCCCUUCUGCUCUGAGGACACCAUUACCUCACAAGGUUCUGAUGGUGAGUGCUACUCUCUCAAUGGGGAUGCUGAUAGUGAAGGACAGGCAGACUUUGACCAGUCCUCGACCAUCCCACGACACAGUAACAUUGCUCAGAACUACCGGCGCAUGAUCCAAACCAAGAGGCCUGCCAGCACAGCAGGUCUACCUGCAGGUAGGAGCCUGCAGGGAACUCCAAACGGUGCAGGAGGAAGCAACUCUGGAGCCAUCGCAUCGGGGACAGCCACCAUUCGCCGGACACCAUCCUCCAAAACUGGAGUGAGACGCACGCUGUCCACAUCUGGUCCUAUUCCCAUCCGGCCCCCCAUUGUGCCAGUUAAGACCCCCACAGUGCCAGAUUCUCCAGGGUGUGCCAGCCCAUCACAGCAUCAAGUGGGCAGCAAGGAGUUUCUGUACAGUGAUGACCCACCUUGUAGUGGCUACAUAAGGGCUUCUCCAAAGCGAAUGAGCCUCCCAGAUGCAGCGUGGGGCUCUGUAGGUGGAGGGCCGAUCAGGACUGUUUAUGCCCAGCAGGCCCCCAGCAUGGCCGGCCACGGUGUAGAGGAGGACCUUCUGCUUGCUGCCAACCGCCACAGCCUGGUGAAGAAGAUAGGGGAGCUGGCAGCCAGCGCCCACGCCCUCGGUGAGGGUCAGUUCUCCUUCCAAAGCUCACUGCCAGAUCUAGAUCCGGCUGUAUGUGUGCCCCAGGAGCCGUCCUCUACGACCAACGAGGACAUUGAUAUGCUGGUGUCAAUACGCCGGGGGGUGAAGCUCCGCAAGGCAGUGACUGAUGACAGGUCAGCUCCCAGGAUACUGCGGUAGCUGUGGGUGAAGAAGACUGAAGAAGCUGCUGGGGUGCCCCAAAUUACAAACUCAAGCUUUUUAGUGAAGUGCAGCAGCUCACGUGUGGCAAAUGACAGCCAGUUCAUAGUUAUGACCAUGGACAAUGUCAAAUAAUUUCAUUUUGUGUAUGUAUUGCAUACGUAUAAAUUAAUCCAGAUUGUUUAGUUUUCUUUUUUUGGUAUUGUUUUCAUCUGUGGGCUUUGUGGCUGUGCAUUUCUAUUCCCUGUGUGACCAGUUUUUUCAGCCAAGUUUGUUCCUUUAGACCAGGCAUGUCAAACUCAUUCCAUAAAGAGCCAUGUGGCUGCAGGUUUUUGUUCCAACCAAAGAGGAGCACACCAGGCUGGAAUAAAUUAAUCAGCCGAUAACUAAGUGAUCCCUUGAUGUUGAUUGGUUGGCCUGGUGUGCUCCUCCUUGGUUGGAACAAAAACCUGCAGCCACACGGCCCUUUAUGGAAUGAGUUUGACAUGCCUGCUUUAGACCCUGUGAUGAGGACGUCACUGCUGAGGGGAUCUAAUGCUCCGUGUGCCCAUGAUUGCUAUAAUAUUGUGCAUUUCUUAAUUAACACAGCCACCUGUCAGUGGAAAGUGAUAGAGGAGGUGCUCUGUGAGCCUGUCUGUAUGCUGUGUUUCUCAUCAUUACUGUCCAAGUACUGUCGUUCGUUUCAUAAGCUGAACAGCAGCUGUGUCAGUCAUGUAAAACAGGAGCAAUAUGGCAGUGAUGUAUUGCUGUACUCUUCUGUCAAUGUAGUCUUUUAUUGUUGAAUGGCUUAAUUGCCAUUUAAGAAAAUGUAAUGUUUUUAUUA